AUGUCUGAAAAAAAAGAGGCGUUCAACCUGCGUAAAUUCCUCAUCGAUCUCGCCUCCGGUGGUACUGCCGCAGCUAUUUCCAAAACAGCCGUAGCACCCAUUGAACGUGUCAAACUGCUAAUGCAAGUGCAGGAAACGUCCAAAACGAUAGCAGUCGACAAACGGUACAAAGGAAUAAUGGAUGUGUUGACUCGGGUGCCCAAGGAGCAGGGCUACUCGGCUCUUUGGCGUGGCAACCUUGCCAACGUCAUACGGUACUUUCCGACGCAGGCGUUGAACUUUGCGUUCAAGGAUACCUACAAAAAUAUAUUCCAAAAAGGAGUAGACCGAGAGAAGGAAUUCUGGAAGUUCUUCGCUGGGAAUCUGGCGUCUGGUGGUGCCGCUGGAGCCACUUCGUUGUGUUUUGUGUACCCAUUUGAUUUCGCUAGGACGAGACUGGCGGCAGAUGUGGGAAAGGGGGAUGCAAGAGAGUUUAAGGGAAUAACCGAUUGUCUUGUCAAAACUGCCAAAUCCGACGGAGCAAUUGGUCUGUAUAGAGGAUUCGUGGUUUCUGUUCAAGGUAUAAUAAUCUACCGUGCCGCCUAUUUCGGUCUCUUCGACACCACCAAAACCUUAUUCAGUCCGGAUGGGAAGCAACUCAAUUUCUUCGCCUCCUGGGCCAUCGCUCAAGUGGUUACCGUAUCCUCAGGCAUCCUAUCGUACCCCUGGGAUACUGUACGUCGACGAAUGAUGAUGCAAUCGAAUCGCAAGGAUAUUUUGUACAAGAAUACCAUGGAUUGUCUGAAAAAGAUCACGAGGGACGAGGGAACGAUGGCGUUGUAUAAGGGAGCGCUGUCGAAUGUGUUCCGUGGCACUGGAGGAGCGUUGGUGUUGGCGAUUUAUGAUGAGAUUCAGAAACAUAUUUAA